GACAAUCCAUCUGCACCACCUCUUCUUCUAUUCUACACAUUCUGAUUUCUGAGAUCCUGAAUCGCUCGCCGCCCUCUCCCUCUUUUCCCUAUCUUUCUUCUUUACUCCUCUCCAUUCUUCUCCCCUGCCAUUAAUGCUGAUCAAAUUUGUGCCCCUCCACCACGCCUACCACCACCAUUACCAUCACCGUCAUCAUCACCGUCACCAUCACCAUCACCAUCACCGCCACCACCACCACCACCACCCCCACCACCGCCACCUUAGUUAUAUUGCAGCGACUUCAUCACCAGCACCGGUGGACGGAGACUUCCUUCCAAUUUGUUUGCUGAGGACGACCAUUGAUUUGAGAAUUUUCAAGAAGAAGAAUGGUGAAGGGUAGAAGAACGGUGAGAGCCAGGGUAUCGAGAAUCGGGAGCUAUGCCAUCGCCUCUUGCGUCACUGACCGAUCUUGCAUUACCUGCACCACCUUCAACAUCCUUGCUCCCAUCUACAAACGCCUCAACCAAGAGGAUCAGGAUCGCCGCGAGAGCGAUAACAGAGCCAAUUGGCUUGCCAGGAACCACAGAAUAUUGGAUUGGUUGUUGUGCGAAAGAUCUUCCAUCAUUUGUCUUCAGGAGUUCUGGGUUGGAAAUGAAGAGCUUGUGAAUAUAUAUGAGAAGAGACUGGGCGAUGCUGGUUAUACCACCCUCAAGCUUGCUCGGACCAACAACCGUGGAGAUGGUCUGCUGACUGCUGUACAUAAGGACUACUUCAAGGUUCUUAACCAUCGAGCAUUACAUUUCAAUGAUUGUGGCGAUCGUGUUGCUCAACUGUUACACGUUGAGUUAGUUGUCCCCUUUUCACAAAGCCGAAACAGCAAUACUCGGCAAGAAAUUCUCAUUGUGAACACUCACUUAUUAUUUCCCCACGAUUCAAGCCUGUGUCUGGUACGAUUGCACCAGGUCUACAAAAUCUUGCAAUAUGUUGAAUCUUAUCAGAAAGAACAUAGCCUCAAUCCCAUGCCCAUCAUCCUUUGUGGUGAUUGGAAUGGAAGCAAGCGUGGGCAUGUUUACAGGUUCCUCAGGUCCCAGGGGUUUGUAUCAUCAUAUGACACCGCUCAUCAAUACACAGAUGCAGAUGCACACAAGUGGAUUAGCCACCGAAACCAUCGGGGGAACAUCUGUGGUGUAGAUUUUAUAUGGCUUCUUAAUCCUAAUAAGUACCGGAAACUACUAAAAACAAGCUGGAAUGAAGCUGUAUUCGGCAUGUUCAAGUAUCUUCUACGAAGAGCUUCACUGACAGAAAAUGAUGCAUUUGCCUUUCUAAAGGCUGAUAACCAUGCUGACUACAUUACUUAUUCAGGUUUCUGCGAAGCACUUCGACAGCUUAAUUUAACCGGCCAUUGCCAUGGACUUGGUGAUGAAGGGACAAAGGAAUUGUGGUUCCAAGCAGACAUAGAUGGGAAUGGUGUUCUUGAUUAUAAGGAAUUUCAGCAGCGAAUUUGGAAUCCAAUUUGGUCCGAGCAAAGAGAUGAAUGUGAAGUCCGAAAUGAUAUUGUGAAGGAUUCUAUGCAACAAACAAUUGGUUUCAGUGUGAAGAAUGCUGUUCUUUUUCCUUCUGAAGUGGAGAAGGGAAUGUGGCCUGAAAACUACUCCCUCUCUGACCAUGCCCGCCUCACAGUGGUGUUCUCACCAGUGAGGAUGCCAUGCUGCCAGAUGAUAUCCUAGAUCAUCUCCCAUGCAACGAAAUUUGAGUGCCAAAUUUGUACAUAUAUGGUAGAUACAAAAGCAAAGAGACGAGCAAAGAAACGUUGGGGGCUAUAGAUACAAAUCUUGUCAAAUGGACGCCACCAUAGCCAUCAGGGGCUUUCAACUUUCCUAUGAGCAAUGAUCCUUGCUUGAGUUGGCUGGUGCCGCUUUGGCAGGGUUGGCAUUGUCAAUUGUUAACUUGCCAAUUGGUGUUGAUGGCCUAUCUCAUCAUCAAAAACCCUUCGUCCAAGCUACCCGCAUCAUCUAGCUUCCUGUUGUAUUUACCUAACACAGAGAGGGGAAGAAGACAAAUAGAUAAAAAUGAGGGGGAAGAUGGAAGGGUGGGAAUUUGUAUAGACGAAAAAAUAUGUUGCCUGGCAGCAAUUAUUUUUUGUAGCAGUAUGAGAUUCAUCCUCCUAGACCCUUGAGACAUUUUGGACUGCGUUAUGCAUUAAUUCAACGGAAGCUCGUUAUUUUAUUUACUUAUUACAUUUCUUUUGGUUUUCCC